AUUUCACCUUUUUGAAAGGCCUCUAAACUAACUCCCUUUGGUUGCUCUUUAAGAAAGUGAAAAAAUUUCUUCUAUACCAAAUUGCUCUCUAAUAAAGUUCAACCAUGACUUCUCUUUGAGAAGUUUUUACACAAAAUCAAUCAAAGAAAAAUAAAGAGCAAAUGGAGUUUCAAACUUCAUCGGUGAAACGCCACUAUGACAUAACCAUGUCAAGAAGAACAAGGAAGCAACCAAUACCAAAUGAGAAACAAAUCUCAAAAAGUGAAACAACAAAGGAAGUGUCUUUUGAAAAAACUACACAUAAUCAUGAGGUGAAAGAAAAUGAGAAUAAUAAUAAUGAUCACAAAAGCUUGAAGCAAUUGAUUGUAGGAGAAGAGAAAGAAACAAAGAUUUUAUGUAAUCAUCAUGAUGAAGGUGAAAGCAAAGGGAGAAAUUCACUUGGUGAACAUUUUACUGAGGAAGAGAAACAACUUAAGCUUGUUAGGAUGCAACAAAAAGACAACAUUCAAGGUUUGAAGUUUAAGAAAUUGGUUCGUCGUUAUGCUAAAGUUUUGGGACAUAUGAUGAAGGCUAAGCGUGAUCCUCAUUUAGGUGAUGCUGGCAAAAAGCAUGUUUUCAAAUUAUAAACAAGUUUAGGGAAAAAAAAUUUAAUUUUGGGUUUUUUGCUAGUUUAUUAUUUGGUUGAUCUAUGUUCAUGUAUGUAUGUGCUAAGCUUAUAUUUUGGUCACAAAAAUUGCAUUAACUUUUCUCCAUGUUCUUGUCAUUUGUGUAUACUAAUUCAUGCAUUAUUAUGCUUAUAUAUAUGACAUUAUGUUAUAUAUUGUAA